AUCCUAGAUCGGCAAGCUUGUUUUACAGGGAGUUCACGAGCAGUCAUGGCAGAUUCGGCGCGGCGACUCCCCAGCGUGACGAAAAAGGCGUGAGUGAGUGACUGGGCCAGCUGUCCGUCAGCUUGCUUGUUGCUCCCACUCAGCGAGGGAUAAGAAGCCGAAGCGCAGCUAUGUCGGCAACAACUUGCUUUAUUCUUACGCUCUCUGUUACUUUAUUUUCCAUAGUCGUCGCUGGUUCUUGCCACGCUUACACUGCUGGUGUCAAACAUCCGUACCAGAUUUGCUUUCGCCCUCAGUUCUGCUGUGGCUCAUGUUCAAACAGAUACUGCUGCAGCAUCCCGGACCUUGAAUUUGAUGAUGACGAUCAAGAUCAAUGCGAGAGUCCCAGGAACAUGAGCUCAGACGUUAGCGCCGUUGCAGGCAGUGUUGUGGGUCUGGUCAUCCUCAUCACUGUGAUCGUGUCCUGCUGCCUGUGUCCAUGCUGCUGUCUGUAUAACAUGUGUAGGAAGCCCAGACCGGUGGCAACAACACAUACAACCACAGUGAUGCAGACGGCAUACGUGGCACCGCCUGCGCCAGUCCAGACCAACCAGGGUGGCCCAUACCCAGGGUACCAACACGUGCCCAUUGCUGCCCCAGGGGUUCAGCCUAUGCCCCCAGUCCAGUACCCGACACAGCCCUACCCCCCAGCAGGACCACCUCCGUACCAGGAUCCUGGGAUGGCAUACCCACCUCCCCAGGCGCCCUACACCCAAGUCGGGUACAGCAUGGGGCAGCCUGCGUACCCUCUCCAGCCUCCGGCCCAUACCAGCUACCCCCCUGCGCCUCCCGUCCAGAUGGACUACACCUCCACACAGCCUGCCUACAACCCAGCUUUCGUGGACCCUCCCAAGACGGGUUACUGAGGGGAAACGCCCAAUCCACAAGUCCGCUGCUCCAUAUGCUGGCCUUAAAAACAAAAAACCAAAUGCUAUUCAUUCUGUGGGUCUCCGUCUUUUUUUGUGCAAAGAUUUGACUUUGAGCUGGAUUUGUAGGUGAACAUUUCCUGUUACACCCCCACAUGUACUGCUGUUACAUUAUUCAUUAACGUAAUGUAAGCCACUCAUCCAGUACAUUGUCUGGGGGGGAUUCACUCCCUUCAAGCCUGUGAUGAUCUUAUACAGAUAUUUCAGCUGCACACAAACACCACCAAAGCCCCCCUUUUCUCCAGUGUUGUUCCAUAGUGCUAUGCUUAUUUCAUACAGUAUGAGAGUAUGUGUAGUCGUUUAUCCAAUGCAGACGUCUAAAAAGUUCUAUAUUGUAUUUAAAUGUGGAAGUGUUUCGUGUUAAGGGUUUUAUGCUUUUAGGAAAUAUAAUUUGUUUGUAUGAAUUUCUUAGGAUUAAAUCCAAGUUCAUUUUGUGUCUGUCUUUGGAAGUUUUACUAGGUAACUCUACCUAACAUAACUGUGCUUUAUUUUUGUACUGUUAUUUGCUGCAUUGGCUUACCAAGAGUUGCUUGGAAUUUUUGUUUGAGCUGGUUUUGGUGGGAAACUGACAAGUUCCAGGAUGUUUCGAGUAGUAGGAGAAAUUGAGUGUCUUUUCGUACGUUUUUUUUUCUACUGAAAGCUUUCUUUGAAACAUUUUAUAAAUUAAAAUGGGGUUACAAAUAAAAUUUGCUUUUUACGCUGUU